GUUAGUAGCAGACAGCUUAGUAAUUUCAAAACUAUCAAAAUAGUUAUCACCACAGCAAUAGGAAUGUCGUAGGUACUGGGCCUCUUUAACAAAUGAUGUUUUGUAAUACAAGUAUGUAGUUUUUGACCUUCAUUCUCAUGAGCAGUACCAAUCAUAAUCCAACAUGAGCAAAACAAAGAGGAAGCCUUGGAGGAAAAACCUCUAUGAGAAUGAAGGUUAUCCAGACAACUACACAGACAAAUCGUUCUUGGAUGAAAUGAAAAAAAACAUAAACAUGCACCAAGUCACUGUGAGAGAAGCGAUUCUCGGUGCCGGUUUAGUGACGCAGGAGUUCUGUUUGGUGGUUUUGUUUGUUGUGGCAUUCCUGUAUUUACACAAUGGCUGGUUACCGCUAGAAUUGAUCCUGGCACAAACCGGACUGGUUUCAUUGUUCUGUUACGCCAUCUGUAUCUACAACCAGUCCGGUAGGCUGAGACACGUUCGGACUGUGCUUGUGUUCUUUAUCUUCGGUUAUGUUCUCUCUCCUGUGCUCAAAACGCUGACAGAAUCAAUCAGCACAGAUACAAUUUAUGCAACCACUGUAUUCAUGAUGACGGUGCACUUGAUUUUCUUUGACUACGGAGUCAAAGUACUCAUAGUAUCCAGCUCACUCUCUCUGAACUCGGCCAACUUUGGAGCAAUCUGUCUGGCGUCACGGUUGCCGAGUUCAUUUCACGUGUUUAUUCUGUUGUCCAUAACCGUCGAAUGUUUUGUCAUGUUGCCGCUUGUACUGGCCAAAGUUGAAGGCUCAUUUGUGACUUUAUUCAUUUUAGUGUUUCUCACCCUUUAUUCCUUGUGGACAGUGUCGUUAACAAUGACCAUUUUAUUUGUAUUGGUUGUGUUGUUUAUCAAUGUCCUGUGUCCUAUAUGGUUCAUCAGGUGGUACAGGUACAAAGAGAAUAUUUAUGGACCUUGGGACGAAGCUGUGGUAUCCUUGCCUGUACCUAACAACUCAAAUAAUUCAGUUUCGUAACAUUUUGUUUAAAAUUUAAAUUAAUAAAGUUGCUUACUUAUUAAACUAGUACACUAUUGUCAAUUACUUAGCAAAGUUUACUUAGCAAUAAGUUUUAUUGAGAUAAAGCCAUCUCAGUAUUAAGUUUUAAAUAUUUAUUUCGUAAGGAGUGGUAGUGUCUAGUCAUUUUAGGUACAAAAAUACUGUAAGUAGUCUGUUUUGAUGCAUUGGUUGUUUGUUAAUUCUGAAAUAUAUAUAUAAAUGUUUUAUAA